CCACUGAGGUGGUGGGUUAUGCAGGGCGUCUGGUAGAAAGCAGGCGGCAGUAGCCAGCAAUAUCCUCUCUCUGUGUGUUAUUUGAAACGGGUUUGAGUGAAAAAAAAAUUUUUUGCACCAACAAAAAAAGAAUCUUUGUGUUUAGCAAAAAUGUAUUUUUAUUUGGUUCCUUUUCGGUUAGUUUUUCCUUAAUGUCGUGCUUUGUGUUCGUUAAGAUUCAGUUUCGUGUGUUUUCCUGGGAAAUAAUUAUGAAUUUGCGUUUGAAUGGAAAUCGUAUCGGGCGUUAAAACGGAUCGAAACAUCGUUUUGUAAUGGAGUACAGUGAGCUUCAUUUGUUUAAUCGAUUUUUUGUGUGCGUAUAAAGUACAGUGCAAUUAUAGACGUUAUUUGGGAUGUAUGGUUUAUGCACAGACAUGAAAUUUUGUUUAAAUCGUUUGCCGAUUUUUUUUACAAUCUUCCUUACGUUUAAAGGGCUAACUAACAAUGUCAAAUUCUAUUGGUGAGACAAAUAGCCGACCAAAAAUUCAAAAUGACAACAUUGAUUCCGUCGUCUCAACCAACUGGUGUGGAGGCGUACGAGGAUAUGUUCAAGGAGAUCACCAGAAAAUUGUAUGGUGAAGAGACUGGGCAUGGGCUGCAUACUCUUGGAACACCAGUUGCACAUGUGGCGACGGGUGGGCCAACUGCUCCAGAGGGUGAGCGCUCGUUUACCACUUUGAUAUCUGAUCGAAGUUUGGCCACCAUCGAUUAUGAUCACGUCGGUUCGGAUACGAGUAACUUGUUCAAAAGUGAUGACCAUUUGACUACGGCAUUCGGUUUGGCCGCACUCAUGCAAAAUGGGUUUCCGCCACCAGGUGCAAUAUUGAAUCCCCAUAAUUUUGUUGCAAAUAAACCAAACAGUAUCAUAACAAGUACAGCAUCCACUGUGGGAAAUACGGUACCGACGGUGACAGCCGAAGAUAAAUGGCCGACUGGUUCCACGGAUGACUGUUUGCCGUGGACCACCAACAAAUCGAAUUUCAAUGUUCCGCAAAAAAUAUUCAAAGUCAAGAAACAAGAGCACAUCGAUCACGACAUUAAUAUUCCGCAACAAACUGCCAAUGUUCAAGCAAACAAUGUAAAGCCUCAAACGAAUACUGUGUUGAAUGCACCCCAAGCUGCCGCUACAGGACUGAAACGAUACAAUUGUACGAGCUGUCCGUACUCGACUGAUCGCCGUGACUUGUUUACACGCCACGAAAACAUUCACAAAGAGGAGAAACCGUUCCACUGCUACGUUUGCUUGAAGCAAUUCAAUCGUGCGGAUCAUGUGAAGAAACAUUUUCUGCGUAUGCAUCGAGGAUUGGCCUACGAUUUGAGUCGCACAAAACGAUCCACAGCUAAUGGACGGAAGGCAACCAAUUUCUUUGUGCAGCAGCCGAAACAGGAACCCAAUCAACAAGGCUAUCAACAAGCGACUACGUUAACGAUUCCAACGAAUACUUAUCAGUCGUCACAGCAUCAACAACAACAACAAAAUCAAGUUCAGCAACAACAACAGCAGCAGCAGCAACAACAGCAACAGCAGCAGCAACAGCAACAACAGCAAAAUACGAAUCACGUCAACGACAACAAUCAAAACCCAGCCGGUCAAAUCAAUCCACAACAAAUAACCAAUCUGAAGGUGGAAAAGGUCGACAAAAAACCGAAAAUCAAAGGCGAAAAACGAUUCAUAUGCUGCUACUGUCCAUGGUCCGGCACUGACAAUUGGGGCCUGAAGAGACAUUUAAACACCCACACAAAGCCCUACGUUUGUAUGCUGUGCGACUACAAAGCAGCACGGUCGGAACGUUUGGCCACACACGUGUUUAAGGUGCACAACAAAAAAGUCUGCGGAAAGUGUAACUUUCUGGCGGACAAUCAGGAAGAAUACCAAACGCACAUAAAUGAAGCGCACGCCCAUGAUACACGACCGCAGAGAUGCUUAACGAGUAAUGCUGAAUCGACAGCAAAUGUAUUAAGAACCAUCGGAAACUCGUUUAAUAUCCCAAAUAGUCAGUUGAAUACGAUCCAUAAUGUCGCAACUGGCCAUAGUUUUGGCAACUCUACUUCGAAUAAUAACCAAUCGAAUAAUAUCUAUGCAAAUAAUGUAACCACAACUAACAGCAUGCCCGACAAUUUGGUCGCUAAUAAUAAUCCAAAUUUGGGAAAUAGUUGGCGAACGACGUCAACUGCGACGACGACUAUCAUGCCGAGUGGCAUCGAAAGUACGUCAAGCACACAGAAACGCGGUGCUGAGCGUUUAUUUCAGUAUAUGGAGGCAGACGGAAGUGACCCAGAAGAUUAUACGCGCCAACUACAAAUGGCCGCUCUGAGUCGUAACACCGCAUCCGUUGCCCAGGAUUUUCAUAAUGCGGGAGGCGGAGUCAAAACAUUUACAAACAACCACUCAGCGGAGGAAAACUACCGGCAAAUCAUCGCAAAACACACGAAACAAUCAGCGUCAACGAAAUCGCCAUCAAAAUCAUCGAAUCCAUUGCCAACAACCAUCCCGAAAUGGAUCGAUUAUUCAAUGGCCUCGCCAAAUGUUUCGCCUCCCGCGACAAAUCCUAAUCCAGAUCUAACGCCGAAAAAACGACGCUCAACUUACAACAAAGAAAAUACGGAAAAUGUGAUUCCAUCCAGGACGCAGUGCAAUCAAACGGAUCAAGUUACAAACUUGAAACCACAUUUCGACAACUACAUACGCGAACAAUUUCACAAUCCCAUGAAACUGGCGACGGACGCCAGUCCGAAACGCAAAUCGUUUACAUUCGAAACACGACCGGAACUCGAUGUGUCCAUUAAAAGCGAAAGUAGUGAAUGUGAUCGAAUGGAAAAGCGUAACCGGAAACAGUCACAACCGCGCAAAAUCGAACAGAUCGACGAAAUCGAUAUGAAACCGAUCGUCACCGAUGCUGCUGGUGCUGCUGCUGGUGCCGAUGGUCUCAUUGAUGGACAAUCCGAUUUGAAUAAGAUACGCGAUAAGCAUCUGGUGCGCAUGGUAAGCCGAAAGAAGUGCUGCUUCAAGUGCAAAAAUCGCAAGGGAUUCAUGAUUAUGUCUUACCAUACAACAGCAUCGUUAAUCUUGCAUACGAAGUGGCGGCACGGUGAUGAGAAGCAAUUGUGUAAAGUGAAUAAAUGCGAACGCGUUCAACGUAAAAUGCACCAUAAGUGUGGCUUGCAAGUCAAUAAGAUAUGAAUUUACCUUAAAAAACAUUUUUUAAUCGAGAAACAAAGCAGAAAAACUAUUUUGAAAUAAAAUUAAAAUUUAGUCGCUCCAUCUGUCACAAAUUACACGCACACACAAUAAACGAAAGAUAAGCGAAAGAUGGACAAGAAAUAACAAAAAAGAAAAAAUCCUAACUAGAAAUGUA